GAAUUCCGAGUUACGCGCAAACCUUAAAGAAGAUCAAGCUCUCGCUAUUUCUCUGCCUAUCCAUCCUCAACAAACAAAAACCAGAGGAAUCCCCAAACAAUUCUCCCUCUCUCCUUACUUUGCGUGUUAUGGAUAAUUGUUCCUCUCGUUGUUCCGUAAUCAUCAUCGGUGCAGGGAUCUCCGGUAUAUCAGCGGCGAAGGUGUUGGCGGAGAACGGAGUUGAUGAUGUGGUGAUCCUAGAAGCUUCGGAUCGUAUAGGAGGGAGAAUUCGUAAUGAAGAUUUCGGAGGCGUGUCGGUAGAAUUGGGUGCCGGUUGGAUUGCAGGCGUUGGCGGCAAAGAAUCCAAUCCUAUUUGGGAACUCGCCUGUAAAUCAGGCAUUCGCACCUGCUUCUCCGAUUACAGCAAUGCUCGUUACAACAUUUACGAUCAAAGUGGACAGAUAUUCCCUAGAGGUGUAGCUGCGGCUUCGUAUAACAAAGCCGUAGACUCAGCGAUUCAGGAACUCAGGAACCAAGAGGUUAACCUGAGCGGCCUCUCCACGGCACCAGAAACGCCAUCGGCGCCAAAGACUCCAAUAGAGCUUGCCAUCGAUUUCAUCCUCCAUGAUUUUGAGAUGGCCGAGGUGGAACCGAUAUCAACAUAUACGGAAUUUGGGGAGAGAGAGUUUCUUGUCGCAGAUGAAAGAGGAUAUGAAUUUUUGCUGUAUAAGAUGGCAGAAACUUUUCUUCUUACCUCUGAAGGGAAAAUCUUGGACGGUCGUCUAAAGCUUAACAAGGUUGUUCGGGAAUUACAGCACUCGAGAAACGGCGUCACGGUGAAAACAGAGGACGAUUGCAUUUACGAGGCCAGUUACGUUAUUUUGUCUGUCAGCGUUGGCGUUCUCCAAAGCGACCUUAUUUCAUUCCGUCCUCCAUUACCAAAGUGGAAAACAGAGGCAAUAAUGAAGUGCGAUGUGAUCGUGUACACCAAGAUUUUCCUCAAUUUCCCGUACAAGUUCUGGCCAUGUGAGCCAGGGACCGAGUUCUUCAUGUAUGCCCACGAGAGGAGAGGCUACUACACGUUUUGGCAGCAUAUGGAGAAUGCGUACCCGGGGUCCAACAUUCUUGUGGUGACAUUAACCAAUGAGGAGUCAAAACGUGUCGAGGCGCAGUCGGACGAGGAGACUAUGAAAGAGGCUAUGGGGGUACUUAGGGACAUGUUUGGACCAGACAUACCCAAUGCCAUCAACAUACUCGUCCCUCGUUGGUGGAACAACAGAUUCCAGCGAGGGAGUUACAGCAACUACCCCAUCCUCUCCACCAAACAAGACUUCACCGACAUAAAGGCGCCGAUUGGACCAAUAUUCUUUACAGGAGAACACACGAGUGAGAAGUUCAAUGGUUACGUCCAUGGCGGCUAUCUAUCAGGCAUUGACACAAGCAAAGCUUUGUUGAAAGAGAUGUGGGGGGAGAAGGCAAGAAAGAAGAAGGGGAGCUCGUUGGAGUUGGUGGAGAGUCAAACAUUCCUGCUGGAACCCUUACUUGCUUUGACCGAGUCGUUGACUUUGACGCAGAAGGAAGCAGUAACCGGGCCCCACAAAUGGGACAUUGCUAGGCAGCUCUUGCUGAGUGGAAAGUUGGCCAUGCAAGAGCCCAUCAAAUGACUAAAUGGGCCCUGCACUGCAAGACCUAUUGACUUUGACCAAAAAAGCUCAACCACGGUGACGAAGAGUGAUACAGUGAGCCUCCCUCGGGUUCAAGCCUCCUGAGCUUCCUGGCCCGUAUGCAAAAUUGAGGAAGAGAAAGAGAGUGAAAUCAAUUUUACAAGUCAAAGAACCAAAUAGGAAACUCCUGGAGAAACGAAGUGUGAGACUUGAGAGAGGGGGUAGAAUGGAAGCUUGGUAAUGGCUACUGGGAUCAAUCAAUUGAAUUGAACUUUUUUGUAUCUAGGGGUUUUGGAAUUUUUUAUUUUGGAAGGGGUUGGAGAUUUGGGCAUAGGUAGCACACAGGAAAUUUAGUUAGUGCAGCUGAGUUAGAAGAACAGGCAGAGACGGUUGGGUGCACAAAUUUGACUGAUUAUCCAAUUUGUAUUCUCUUUAUUGACCAAAUUUGUUUCAUUGUAAAAAAAUUUGUCACUAAAAUUUCUUUGAUAUAAAAUUUAUCUGUUUUUCUAUUUUAUCAA